CCACAGCAAGAAGCCCACAAGGCCACAAACCCAGCUCGCUGCAGUCUUCACCUCUGCGGUUCCAGGCCCCUGUUCCUCUCUCUCUCUCUCCACGUCUCCUUAUCCACAGGCACAACACCGCUCAUCCGGUGCGCGCACGCCCUCUCCUCCUUGGGGCAAAACAGCAAACACAAGAAGCGCACGCUGGAUGGCAUGCCUGGCGCCGCAGCUCAAGUGUCCUCCAGCCACCGACUCCCAUCUCAGGCUAUGCCACAUCUCCUCCCUUCAUUUCGUGAAAUCGAAGGACCAUGUUUGUGUUCGCAAGAAUUGCAUAUUAUCCUCAAUGACUGCUGUGGUUGAUGUUGACAAGCUCCAAAUUCCUUCACUGGAAACUCAUUCGACCUCACUUACUGCUGUGAGACCCUUGACUUAUGUUGGGGCUAUUGGUCCACCACCAAAGAGGACUUCUGAUGCAACACUGGCCACAGAGAAGCUGCUCAAAGAUGAGGAGGCGGUAAUAGCAGCAGCUGCAGCUGAAGCAGUUGCUCUUGCGAGAGCAGCACUUGAAGUUGCAAAAGAUGCUGCUCAGAUCAUCGGUACUAACGUAGUAGUCACAUUAGAAAAGACUCAGGGUCUUCCAGCUGAGUCAAACCUUCUUCUGCGUGAGAUGGUCAAACUGAGUGAACUAGAGGAGGCAGCCAAAGUUGAUCACUCUCCUACAUUUGAAGAAGAAUCAAAUGAAGAUCUUAGCACUCAAGUUAUGACGAAGUCAGAUCUCUCUGAUUUAACUCAAACCAAACUUGAAGAUAAUCCUCUGGAUUUUCCUGAGAAAAUAGCUGUGAGAUCUGGGCGUCAAUCUGAGAGAAGAGCUAGAAGAGCAAGAGCGACAACAAGGGCUACUGCUACUGUUCUUUCCAUGAAGUCGGGCUCCUCUAGUCGUAGGAAACGCCCUCCUGUCCAGGAUGUUGAUUAUACUGAUCCAUUACGUUAUUUGAGGGGGACAACAAGCAUUUCAAGGCUUCUCACAGCUAAUGAAGAGCUAGAGUUGUCAAAAGCAAUUCAGGAGCUGUUGAAACUAGAAAAUCUUCAUGAGGAGCUUGUUGAACGCAAUGGUGGACAACCCACUUUCGCUCAAUGGGCAGCAGCAGCUGGAAUAGACCAAAGGACACUGAGAAAGCGCUUAAGCUAUGGUGCUGUUUGCAAGGAUAAGAUGAUCAAAAGCAACAUAAGACUGGUUAUUUCUAUUGCUAAAAAUUAUCAGGGUGCUGGGAUGAACCUGCAAGAUCUUGUUCAGGAAGGAUGUCGAGGCCUUGUAAAAGGAGCUGAAAAAUUCGAUGCAUCGAAAGGGUUCAAGUUUUCAACCUAUGCACAUUGGUGGAUCAAGCAAGCGGUUCGCAAGUCUCUCUCAGACCAGUCUAGGACAAUCCGUUUACCUUUUCAUAUGGUUGAGGCUACCUACCGAGUAAAAGAAGCUAAAAAGCAACUCUAUAGUGAAAAUGGAAGAUAUCCCGACACUCAAGAAAUUGUGCAAGCAACAGGUUUGUCAAUGAAGAGACUCACAGCAGUGAUGCUAACUCCUAAAGCACCAAGGUCCCUAGACCAGAAAGUCGGGUUUAACCAGAAUCUAAAACUUUCGGAAGUGAUCGCAGAUCCUGAUGCUGAGUCAUCGGAAGAAAUAUUAAUGAAGGAAUUCAUGAAGCAGGAUCUGAAUAAAGUGCUCAAUAGUUUAAACCCGAGGGAAAAACAAGUAAUUAGAUGGAGAUUUGGCCUGGAAGAUGGAAGAAUGAAAACAUUACAAGAAAUUGGAGAAUUGAUGGGUAUUAGCAGGGAAAGAGUGAGGCAAAUUGAAUCCUGCGCUUUCCGAAAGCUGAAGAAUAAGAAGAGAAUUAAGCAUCUGAAGCAAUACGUAGUAUCAUGACAUCCAUCUAAUAUGAAAUUUGGAGCCGUAGGAAUAUGCAAGGCUUUUCUCUCUUCUUUCCAAUUUGUUCCUUUGCAGUUAAUCUAUUUCUGCUGUGCUAUAUGCUCCUACUGGGGACCUGUAAAAUCUGUUUGUGCAGCGGAUUGAAAUUCUUUCAACAAGUGAAAAGUUGCAGGAGUCAAUGAUGAGCCUCCUCUUUAAACAUUGAUUUA